GGUUGUCUCUCGUAGUAGCAUACUUCGUCAUAGGCCCAUAGGUGACAGUUUACUCUCUUGGUGAACUGCAGUAGUGAGGGACAUUCUACCAGCCGGAUGCCGCCUAUAAACUCGCUACGCACGCUCCGGAGCAGCCCGAGCCUACGCUCGACAUACCGACCGACGAUAUACCUAUGCGCAUCUCGACCGCUCAGCUCGGAGGCUAGCCGGAUCGAUAAAUCCAAACUCGACGAACCAAAGAUAUAUCGUUCCAACUCGCUCGACCCAUACUUUAACCUGUCAUUCGAAGACUGGCUCUUCCGGAAGACCCCCAACUCCACCCCAACGUUACUGUUCUACCGUAAUCGUUCUUGCGUGGUGAUCGGCAAAAACCAGAACCCCUGGAAGGAGACAAACCCGGAUUUACUGGAGCGAGAUGGGAUCCCGUUGAUACGUCGUCGGUCGGGCGGAGGAACCGUCUACCACGACGAAGGGAACAUCAACUUCUCGAUCCUCAUCCCGCGGCACCUCUUCACCCGUUCAUUAGGUUCAGGGAUCAUCGAGACCGCCUUGAAAGAUAGGUUGGAGAUCGGGAGAGCGGGGGUGAACGAGAGGGGGGAUCUGAUCUUGUGGGACAAGGACGACGGCAAUCGUAACAAGGCUUCGUCAGGCGAGAGUGAACGGAUAGACGAAAGUCGAAGCGGGCAGGAUCGCAAGUGGAAGAAGAUUUCCGGGUCGGCGUACAAGAUCGUCGCGCAACGAGCUUACCACCACGGGACGAUGUUGAUAUCCUCGGACUUGGGCUCGUUGGGGACUUAUCUCAGGUCAAAGUCGCCCGAUCUGAUAACCAAAUCAGUAGACUCGGUCCGAUCGCCCGUGACAACCCUGCGUUCGGCGCGACCGGAUGUCACGCACGACGAUUUCGUGCAUGCCGUCGCCGAGGAAUUUCAUCGCGUCUUUUCAAAAGUCGCAGAGGAGGCGCUCGCUCCAGAUUUCGACCGCGGAGUAAUCGAGCAGAUCGAUGAGGAGGCCUUGAAAGGUGGUGCGGAAAGAUCGAAAUAUAUCGAACAGGGUAUCUCGGAGCUCAAGAGCUGGGACUGGACGUACGGUUCAACACCAGAGUUUUACCGCGACUUGCACGUAAACCUGCCUUCAGGGGCCACCCAUUUACGCAUCACCUCGAAACACGCUUUAGUAACACACGUAGAAGCCCUGACGCAAGACAACUCAACACAGACUCAAGAGGCCAUAGAAACCUUGCGAUCCCGACUCUUAGGCCGGACAUAUGGACAUUCGCAGGAAGGUGAUUUCGACCAACUUGUAAAUCAAGCCAUCUCGGAUAUACAUGGAACCCUUUCAUAGCGAAAGGCAUUCGACCUCG